AUGCCCAAGAGCACAGUGGCUGGGUCUUAUGGUAAUGACUCUAACACAGAAGUGAGGUCUGAGACAGUGAUUUCUGCAACUUCAACAGUGGAAAAUGGCAGUGCACAAGAUACAAAAUCUUUCGUCAUCACUCCUAGUUAUGGAUAUCUUGGCAAUCCAGAAAGAAAUGUCAUAAUUCUUAAGAUGCAUUUGAUGAAUGCACAAAGAAAGCCUGAACCUAAGCAUGCAGCCCGCUACUUGGCUCGUGUUUUGUUCUCCAAGGAAGUCCUGGUUUGCAGCUCAGUAGGUACCAAUCCAUACCAACCACAUCUUAGAAACCGCCAACCCCUAGAUCCAAACAAGUUGGCUGCGAUAAGAGAGUUUCUGGCAACAGUUUUUCCCAACCGUGAUUUGCGUGAAAAUGGAAAAGAGUGGAGAACCUGUCUUAGCUAUAUCAAUGCUCUGAUCCGCUAUUUAGGAUCUACAAUCAGAGGGACACCAGAAAUUGUUGUCACCACCAACCCCAAUAUACCAGCAUCUGCAAAUUUGAACAAUAAUAGGUAUGGUGAUGGUGGUGAAGGUAGUUCCCAGUUAUCGCAGCAAGCAGCUGUCUCAGAAGCAAGAGCAAGGGUGAAUUAUCAGCCAAACAGCAGCGCUGUCCCUGAAGGAGCUGAAAAACCUUCCACUAGUGAUUUACCCAUACCUUGCGGAGCGCUGGAUUAUAUAGGAAAUCCAAGUAGAAAUAUAAAGUUAUCACAUUCAGUAUUGAUGGUGGCAAAAAGGAAGGCUUCCCCAGAGAUGUCAGCCACAUACCUUAUGAGCCACCUGUUUCCAGAGGAAGUCCUACUAAAAAGUGAUGUCUGUGGCAAUCUGUGGCAUGGCAUAUGUGCUGUUAACUUCAAUAAGAUCAAUGCUCUCCGAGAAUUUCUCCAAGACGUCUUCCCGAAAUGUGAUCUGUCAGAAAAUGGACGUGACUGGAAGUUGUGUAUGCAGUCUAUCAAUUGCCACAACGGUAGUUGUAGAGGUGGGCACGGGGAUUUGACAUGUGAGUCGCUGGCAUCCGAAGUGAUAACUACUACAAUAAAGUCGGAGUCAAGUGAUACCGACUAUAGUGAUUAA